AUGUGCGACGUGAACACUGGGAUAGGAGCGGAACCCUUACCUCAUGAUCUUCCCUUGACUAAUCGCUUGAGUAAUCAAAAUGCAUUGAAUAAGUUCGUUGCCUGAAAGAAGAUGCUUUCGUAUCCAGAAUUUGGCCUUCGCAAUAAGCUUCUUGAAAAUGUCGAAGAUGAUUUCCUCUACCAUUUCGGUAUUGGAUUAAAAACUGUGGAUAUACCAAAGAUUUUUGGUGACACUAAGGUAAGGUUUCGAAUCGUUUCUGAGCUGAUAUGAGA